CUACACUUCAGCCUCCAAUCGCGUUGGAAAGUGCUUGCAACCGCAGACACUUUAAAUUUUCGUAAACAUAUCAUGUAAGCGCGAGAGGAACGUUGUAGUGAAUCUUAGUACCCCAAAAGACUGAUCAGUGAGUGACGAAAUGGACUCUAGCAAAAAAUACGACAACCCUUCACCCGAAGAGAAAACCAACAUAAUCUCGAAAUUAUUCUUCUGCUGGAUCAUACCAUUCUUCAGAUAUGGAUAUAAGAACGACUUACAACUCAAAGACAUUUACAACACUACAAACGAUGACAUGUGUGGUCCUCUGGCAGAACAGCUGGAAAGGAACUGGGCGGAAGAGGUGAAACGGGCUGGCGAGAAAAAGAACAAACCCAGCCUGAGGAAAGUCAUUUUUAAAACGUUCGUGAAGCCGUAUUCGCUAUAUGGGGCCUUUUUGUUUUUUCAGGUGAUUAUUUUGAAGUCUUUGCAUCCAAUAGUCCUAGCCGAAUAUAUAAGGUACUUCGAUGACACCGAAAACAAAGACGAUGAUAAAAGUCGAACGGAGUGGGGAUGGAUUUUGGGAUCCGCCGUAGUUCUUUUGGCAUUCUUCAACAUUCUGAUGUUUCACCACGCCCAACUUGGCUGUCAGAGAGUCGGCAUGAGAGUUAGAGCUGCUUGUUGCUCUUUGGUGUAUAGAAAGCUACUAAAACUUAGCCAAGCUUCUUUGGGUCAAACCGCAGCCGGACAGCUGGUAAAUCUUCUAUCAAAUGAUCUUCAGAGAUUCGACACUGCUUCUCUUUAUCUCCAUUACAUAUGGAUAAUGCCUCUGCAGGCUGUAAUUGCCUUCUAUGUGAUGUACAGAAGCGUAGGCAUAUCUGCGCUUGCUGGCAUGUUAGCUAUGGGCUUGGAAGCAUUACCUUUACAAGGUUAUAUGUCAAAAGUCCAGGGCGUGCUGCGAUUCAAGAUAGCGCAUUUGACCGACCACAGGGUGAAGUUAAUGAGCGAAAUAGUGUCUGGCAUACGAGUUAUUAAAAUGUACGCCUGGGAAAAGUCCUUUGAGAAAGUGGUCGAGCUCGCAAGAAAAAAGGAAAUCGACAUCAUCUCAAAAACCUCCUACAUAAGGGGAUUUUCCCUCUCGCUGAUGGUCUUCACCGAAAGGCUCGCUUUGUACUUGACCCUCAUCGCCUUCGUGCUUCUGGGCCAUAAACUCUCUUCCGAUGUUGUCUUUUCUAUGGCUCAACUCUUUAAUUCCGUCCAACUUUACAUGUGCAUCUACUACCCCCACGCCUUGGCCAAUUUCGCUGAAGCCAAAGUGUCCAUCAAAAGACUAGAAGAGUUUCUUCUUCUGGAAGAGAACGGAACCAGAGCUGUUUUAAGCGGAGUGGAAAGCAAAGGAAAGCCAGGUUCGAUCAAGAUUGAAAAAGCCACUGCUAGUUGGUCUUUGUACCCCGUCACUGAUACUCUGAUGGAUAUCAACUUGGAUAUAGCUCCAGGCACCCUCUGCUGUGUGGUGGGAAACGUGGGAGCUGGUAAGAGUUCCCUUCUACAGAUGCUGCUCAGGGAACUGCCGUUGAAUUGUGGGAACGUUGAUGUUUCUGGGAUUAUGUCGUAUGCUUCACAGGAACCAUGGUUGUUUGUCUCCAGCGUUAGAGAUAAUAUUCUGUUUGGAAAACCUUAUGUAAAAUCUAGAUAUGAUGAGGUGGUGAAGGUUUGCGCGCUAGAAAGAGACUUCGAACAAUUCGCUUUUGGAGACAAGACCCUGGUUGAAGAAAGAGGAGUGUCUUUGAGUGGUGGACAAAGGGCAAGAAUAAACUUAGCAAGAGCAGUGUACACCACCGCUGACAUUUAUCUCUUAGACGACCCCUUGUCUGCCGUAGAUACUCAUGUUGGGAAGCACCUAUUUGAAGAGUGUGUCAAGAAAUACAUGCACGACAAAACCAGGAUUUUAGUGACACAUCAGUUGCAAUUCCUAAAGCAAGCCGAUUUGAUUAUUAUCAUGAAUAAUGGACGGAUUACGAAGGUUGGAUCAUUCAGUGAACUAUCUGAGGACGAACUUAGCAGCCUUUAUCCCGAAACUAGUCAAGAAGACAAAGAUAAACCUCAAGAAGAUGAUGCAGGAAAAACCCUUGCUGUUUCAGGAAACGAGAAUACUUUGGAGGAAGAAGGACUGGGUCCAGAAGAGAGUCUUGAAGAGGUUGAAAAAGGUGCUAUACCUGCAUCAUUAUACGCCGAGUACUACCGUUAUGGUGCUGGUGUUAUAGUUCUGCUCUGUCUUGUAUUUCUACUAAUAAUUGCUCAAUUGGCUUCGAAUGCAGCGGAUCUGUGGGUUACCUACUGGACCAAUAUGGAAGAGGUUAAGUACAACUCCACAGACCUACUCGCAGACGAUGACGAAUAUACUCUACCAGGAAAUUCCUCAGAAAUAGAGACUGACGACUCCAUGAUCUAUAACGUAGACUUAGACAACUCUACAGAGGUGCUGCCAUUGAACGAUUCCAUCUUAUAUCCAUACAUAGAAGAACCUACGGAAUUCAUCGGCUCAAGAGACUUUUACAUCACCGUUUACACUGUAUUUAUAAUAGCUGCGAUGACCUUAACACCUGCGAGGAGCUGGUUAUUCUACAAAAUAUUCAUGAACGCUUCCAAGGGACUGCACAAGAAGAUGUUUAGUAACGUGUUGAGGGCCCCUAUGAGGUUCUUUGAUACAAACCCAUCAGGGAGAAUAUUGAAUAGAUUCUCCAACGACAUGGGGGCCAUCGAUGAAUUGCUACCCAGAGCAUCUUUAGACGCAGUCCAAGUGUUCCUUGUGAUGUCAGGUAUUUUGAUGAUUGUCUUCAUCGUAAGCCCUUGGAUGAUAGCACCGGCAGUGGUACUGGGAUUUGUCUUUUACUACCUCAGGGUAGUGUACUUGAAAAGCGCACAAGACGUCAAAAGAUUGGAAGGAGUUAAUCGAGCUCCUGUUUAUUCCCACAUAUCUGCAUCUCUGUACGGAAUGCCGACGAUAAGGGCUUCGAACGCUGAAACAAUGGUUAUCAAUGAAUUUGACUGCCUCCAGGAUCAGCAUACAAGCACUUGGUACAUGUACAUAGCGUGCAGUGAGAUAUUUGGUUUCUGGUUAGACAUAAUCAGCACCAUAUUCUUAGCUUUGGUGACCUACCAGUUCCUGGUGUUCCAAGGAGAGAAUUUCUUGAGUGGAAACGUGGGUCUGGUGAUUUCACAGAGCUUGGUGUUGACUGGAAUGUUACAAAUUGGUGUACGACAGACAGCUGAAGUAGCAAGCAACAUGACGAGCGUAGAAAGAGUUCUGCAAUACACCAAAUUAGAAAAGGAGAGUCAGGAGCACCAACCCACAAAAAAUUUAGAAGCAGAUUGGCCACAUUUUGCGAAAAUCACUUACAAGAACCCAAAAAGGAAUUGGCCGCAGUCAGGGAAUAUCGCCUUCAAGAGAACGUUCCUAAAAUAUUCACCUGAUGGAGAACCAGUAUUAAAGGAUUUAAAUUUGGAGAUCAAAGCAGGAGAGAAGGUUGGAAUAGUUGGAAGAACAGGUGCAGGAAAAUCCACUCUAAUAGCUGCUCUGUUCCGCCUGGCUCCUAUCGAGGGCGUGAUAGCCAUAGAUGACGUUGAUACCGCUAAAGUACGACUCAACGACUUACGGUCGAAUAUUUCCAUAAUUCCACAAGAACCAGUAUUAUUUUCUGCUACAGUUAGAUACAACUUAGACCCUUUCGAAAAAGUCAGCGAUGAAGUUCUAUGGAGAGCCCUAGAAAAUGUUGAGCUGAAAGGAGUAAUAGGAAGCCUCAGUCAGCAGGUAUGUGAAGGAGGAUCGAAUUUUAGUGCUGGUCAAAGACAGCUUAUGUGUCUGGCAAGAGCCAUAGUACGUGAUAAUAAAAUACUCGUGAUGGACGAAGCGACUGCAAACGUAGAUCCACAUACUGAUUCGUUGAUUCAAAAAACCAUCCGUGAAAAUUUUAAACAUUGCACGGUGCUCACGAUAGCCCACAGAUUAAACACCAUCAUGGACUCUGACAAAGUCUUGGUGAUGGACGGUGGUAGACCCGUAGAGUUUGCACAUCCGCACCAGCUCCUUCAGAAGAACAACGGGUACUUUACCCUUAUGGUGAAACAGACAGGAAUCACCAUGGAAGCUAUACUACGAAAAGUAGCGAAGGAAGAUUAUGAAAAGAAGUUUUCUGUGAAGAAAAAAUGAUGCGAGUAAUGUAGAUACUUAGGUUUUUUAAUUAAAAACGUCUCUGACUGUCCCGUUUAUUUUUAUAUUUAUUGAAUACGAUGAAUGACGCUAGGAUUGAAUACAGGUUAAGUGCCUUUAGAGUAGGUUAGUGGAAUAGCAGUUUGAUGAUAAGAGUGUGCGAUAUUCUUGAUUAUAUUAUCUUUAUCGAUAAGGACUGGUUUACGUUUAGGAGUAUGUAGGCAUAAGUGGUUUAUUAUUUUUUAUGAAAAGAAAUAAUAAAUGAAAGAGUCGCACUUCAGUCUGUACUUUUGAAUGACGUCGUCGUAUGAUUCAUUUGACAAUUUCUUAGUAAAUGUUUUCUUUUUGAUUGUUGUAAAAUGUUAUAUGAGGUUCAUAGAAUAACUAUUUAAUUUUGAUUAUUCACUUAGGACUCUUAUAGUACAUAUGUAAGGUAACUAGAUAGUAACUUUUAUAUUUUUUAUUUAUAAGUUUGUAUCUCCUUACAAAUAAUAUAUUAUUCUGAAAUUUGUAUUUAUAAGAGAUUUACUCAUUAUUUAAUAGUUUUUUCGUCUAGUACAGAGUAAAUCAAAAUAUUUGUAAGAACUGGAAUUGUAAUAACUACAUCUUUACAAAAAAUAUAUAUGUUAUUGUGAUAAGUUUGAACAAAAUCUACAACAUAUUUGUUUAAUACCAGGUUUAAACUAAAACAGAAUUAUAUGAAUAAGGUGUAUUUAAUUCAUGCAAAGUUCGAUUUCCUAUUACUGUUAAAUGUUUCACUGCUUAAAGAAGUAAUUGUAGUUAAGGGGACUAGUUAUACAUUUUGUAUUUCCUAUAUAAGGCUGACAUUGUUUUAAAAAUAGUAUGCUACCUAGAAGUAGUUAAAUAUUUUGUACAAUAUCAUCAAUUUUAAAUGACCAUUGGAACAUAAUUACUGAUAUAAAUUUAAUUUACUCACCUUUAUUUUAAUGAAUUUUUGUUUUAUUUCAUUAAAGAAUAAAAUCUAUGAUAAUUUAAAUCUGAGAAAAUUUGUAAUUCUAAUUCUAAAUUUGUUAUAAACAAAUAUUUCAAAUAUUAUACGUUUCUUUUAAAUUGUACUGAUUUCUUUUUAGAAAAGAAUUGUCUUAAUAAAUAUGUU